CUUUAAGAAUGGGAUUAAAAUUCAUUCAAGAGGACAACAAUUACAUGUGGCUAGAAAAAACAUAAUGGAGCAAAAUCAUGAUGAAGUGAGUGGAUAGAAGAAGACUCAAUAAAAAUCAUGACCUUCAUUCUUGGUCAUCUUCCUCUUACUGUUUCUUCUCAAACUCACACUAACACCAUUCCUAAACUACCAAAUCUCACACCUAAAUUCAUACCAAAUCUCUUCUCUCUAGCCAUUGCCAUAACAUUAACUUCUCCUCUACCUUCUCAUGCAAUUCCUUCUCUCAAUUCUUCUAAACCCCCUCCAGUCUCUCUCACCACUCCCUUUUCUCAAUCAAAAAACUUACAACUUGGACUAGAAAAUGGAAAAAUUAGACCUUGUCCAUCGACCAAUCCGGGUUGUGUAUCAACAAAUCCAAAGUCAUCAUCUUUUGAUUUUCCUUGGACGAUUCCGGAAAAUUCAGCGGAUAAUGCUAUUCAGAGAUUACGUGAAGCAAUUCUAGAGACUCAGAAAAAUGUCAAAUUCCAGCCUGUAGAAGAUACUCCAAAUGGUCAAUAUCUGCAAGCUGAAGUUGAUGGAAAAUUUGAUAGAGAUGUACUUGAGUUUCUGGUGAAAGGUGAUGUGGUUGCUUACAGGUGUAUGGCAGCAAAAGUAACUUAUAUAUAUCCUUUCACUACUGCAUUCGGAGAUUCAAAGGGUCAAGAAGCAAGACUAAAGCAAAUUAAUGACCAAUUGGGCUGGUAUUCUCCCAGUUUUGAUUCCAUGGAGUAGUUAAUGUUCUUUGGUUUGUGUAUAGCUCAAUGAAUUAAUGCAUGUAUCAUUAUAGAGUAUGUUCCACAUUAAUAUGUACAAUUUCAUGCCCUUUGCUGUUGUGCGGUUUAAGGCUUAUUAUUAUAGAAAUGCUAAAGUCUCAUAUUCACCUAUGCAGAAACAAUUUUUCUA